AGCGAUGCCUCCACGGAAGAAGACGAAGGAUGAGAAUGCUCUGCCGCGGUCCGUCGUUCAAACACUACGCGGUCGGCGGGGCAGUCUGGAUAUGAUGCCCAACGUCCCUCUCGACGUGAUUCUCGAGAUACUCGGCCACCUGCAUCCACGGGAUAUCAUCAGCCUCUCACGGACGUCCAAGGCUUUCCGUGCGUUACUCCUGGAUCGCAAGAACGCGUUCAUAUGGAAGGUGGCGCGGAAGGCGCUCCCGGGCGACUUUCCCGAUCCACACCCCGUCCUCAGCGAGCCCGCGCUCGCGCACCUCAUGUUCGACCCGCAGUGCGCUGACUGUGGCGGGGGCCCGGUACACAAAGUCAUCUGGGUCUGGUUCACAAGAUACUGCGCAAAGUGUCUGCGUAAAAUGAGAUGGGCCACACGCGACGUGAAAGCGCGGAUGGAUGCGAUCGGGCUCAGUCGCAUCCAAGACAGCGAUUUCCGCGCGAUCUUUCACUCCGUGAGGGCUGACAACGGCAACUACUGCCACGUGCUUCAAGUAAAGGCUUUCGAAAGUCAAUGGCACGAUGCUCACGACGCACUGGAUGUGCUUACCGCGUUAUAUGAAGAUAGAAAGGCACGAGUUCCCGCGGAAGCCCAGCUUGCAGCACAAUUGGAAGAAUGGUCAAGGGAAGACCGGGACCGCCGAGAAGAAGAGGAUAGGCAGGCCCGAGAAGACCGAUUCACCGAUGUACUCCGCCGACUCAAGGAGGCUGGCUGGGGCCCCGAGCUCGAGUUUUGCGGCACAUGUAUCCGUUGGGAAAGAAGCGGUCCGGCACGAGAACUGCGUAGGCGACGGAACGCUCCAAAACUCACGGACAAAGCACGGCCAAAGCUUUACGACACGCUGCAAGACUUUAUAGAAUGUUUGCGAAGCAAACGCGUCGAGAAACAGCAGACCAUGCUCCGACUGAUUGACAACGCCAUCACAAAACACUACGACAUCCCUGUCCCUGGUGCCAGCGGUUCGUGCUCUGCUGCCAAGCACGGGCCGACGACGUUGGACAUGGUCUGGAUGCCGGAAAAUAAAGAUCUCUUCGUCGAUGAGCACUUCAACGCCCAGGCGGUCAAUUUCUCCAUAUCGCAGCGGAUCGUCAUCUGGGAGGAACACAUCAAAGACAAGCUUCGCGAGCGGGUAGCCGUCUUAUGCCCGGAUAUUCCCAAAGACGUCGAGCCGCUCGACCUCGCCGUCGCCGUCUUCGGCUGCGCAAGAUGCGAGUCGCCUGAAGAGGCGAACGCGCCACUCGUUCUACGCUACCCGGACAUCCUGGCCCACGAGUGUUUCCGUCAGGACGACAGAUGGUGCAUAUUCGACGACCAGUGGCCUCUGCCCAUGGACACGGAAUACCAGCGCUUCGUCAUCGGCCUCGAGCGCACGACGUCCACGAGCCCUCGCUGCCCGCUUAUUCCCGACAGAAUAUCUAUGGCCGGCGCGGAGAGGGCGUGUGCUGCCUUGGUUAGGGCGCACUGCGACCCUAGCUGCAUCACGUUCAAGGAGAUGCAGACAUGGACCUUGCGAGAGGGGCUGUGGAUCCCCCAGAGCAGAGGAUCAUCAAGCUUGAACCGGUAGCACCUCUUGAUGGACGGCGACGGUUGUAGUGCUGAAGACGACGAGGCCCAUUCACCGACAAUGUAAACUGCUAGGACGCGUGCUUUGCAUGAGUGAACAGACGGAGUGCGAGUGCUGAUAUCCCGCGCAGUGUAGCAUAUGUUGAGUUGAGCUGAGACGGUUCAAGUUGAUCGGUCGGUUUCUGUAUAUUGAGCGCACGGGCAACCGGUCGGAGGCAGGUGGUGGUAUGUAGCAUGCACAUAACUUAAUGUACAAUAGCGAGAAAGCACGCAGGAAAAAUAACCACGGUGACUGA